AUGGUGAAGCAAAGAACGUCAAAAUUCCAGGACGGACGUGGCACUAUCCCUGAAGAACCAGCAAUGAGCCGGUCUCUGCAUAUUUGGAAAGAGGUUUCCAGAGCCUUGGUUCUCCCUAUCCUCGCCGCAGCUUACUCCAGAGUAUCUCUUUUGGCUCUGGCACCUGUUUAUGGAUCAACGCCAUCACGCGUAUGGCAUGAUGUUCUAUGCAACACCGCUAUCUUAGCAGGGUCUUUUUCACCCGAAUCUCUCAGAAAGAUCGAAAACAUCCUUCCAGGGCUCGCAUUAUCAAUCCCUGUCUUUCAAAGUUUCCUCUUUCAACGGAGCUCUUUGUUUGGCAACCCGACUGGACCGGUGUUGACUGAAUUGAUGACGAUCUUCCCGUUCCUGUUGUUUUCAACAUCAUCCUAUUUGAAACGUAUUGAACGGCUAAACCUGGGCCAGAGACAUCUGCUCCUUACGGGAUGUAUUUUUGCAUUGUACGGAGUCCUUGCGUUCAGACUGGCUGAUACAGCAAUUCAGUCUUUGUUACCAGCGUAUAUCGGAUCGACCGUCUGGAUGACAACUUUCGGUAUGCAAAGCAUCAUCGCACUUCUCUACGCAAUAAAUUUCUCCUCGUAUUUGUCCUGGGGGCUUUUUAUUUUAUCGACCACUUACCUCUUCAUAACGGCGGAUCCGAAUAUACUAUUUGUGCAUGCAGCAACCCGGGUCAACUCAACCUUACAUGGGGUGGGCUACAGUCUAGUUGACCGACAGGAGUCACUGACUGGCUACAUAUCUGUACUGGAUAAUGUUGAGCUCGGUUUUCGUGCCAUGAGAUGCGAUCAUAGUCUAUUGGGAGGAGAAUGGACUCAUCGACCGUCACAUUAUAAUCCUCGGGUAUCAGACCCGAUUUAUGCCGUUUUCACUAUGCUCGAGGCAGUCCGGCUGGUUGAAUCUGAUCCUGAAUUGCCAAAAAAAGAGGAUAAGGAUAGAAAUGCACUUGUCAUCGGACUCGGAAUAGGCACGACACCAGCUGCCCUAAUUCAGCACGGAAUAGAAACGACUAUAGUCGAAAUCGACCCGGUCGUUUACAGAUUUGCAGUUCAACACUUUCACUUUCCGCCAAAUCACACGGCAGUCAUUGACAAUGCAAUUUCAUUCGUCGAGACGGCACGACACGAAUCGAAAAAGUACGAUUAUAUCAUCCAUGAUGUUUUCACGGGUGGUGUCGAGCCAAUUGAACUAUUUACUCUGGAGUUUAUCCAAGGGCUUGAAGCACUACUUGCAGAAGACGGCGUUGUUGCAAUUAACUACGCCGGGGAUAUUUCCCUGCCCGGAGCAGGAGUAGUCAUUCGCACAAUAAAAGCAGUUUUUCCAGAGUGUCGCAUAUUCCGUGAAAACGACGGCUCAGAACUACCGGCAGAAGAGUCCUUCGACUUUAUCAACAUGGUUGUCUUUUGCAAGAAGAAUCGCACAUCUCCAUUAACUUUCAGACUACCGAACGAGGAGGACUAUCUUGGUAGUCAGGCUAGAAAGUCGUACAUGUAUCCACGACGUGAGAUUGAUUCCAGAAUAUUCGACAUUGGGGAUGAUUCAACGGAUCAGCGUAUUUUAGAAGUUGGAAAUACGAGUAUCCUAGAGGCAAGCCACAUUCCGAACGCUAUUGGGCAUUGGAAUAUCAUGAGAGAUGUACUUCCGGCUAAGGUAUGGGAGAAUUUCUAG